AUGUUUGAUAUUCUUGUCAUUUUUGCGAUUUUUUCUAUUCAAUUUAUUUUGUGUGGAGAAAAGAAAUCGAAUGGGCCGGCAAAACCGAAAUCUGUGAAAACAAAUGAAGGUGGCUCACAAAUUGGAAAUGUGCAACCACAAAUACCACAAACACCAACACCACAAGAAGAAGAGAAAAAAGAAGAGGAAGAAAAAAAGGAUGAUGGCGAGAAAAAAGAGGAGGAAAAGAAGGAUACAAAUGAAGCAAAUGCUAGAAUUGAGGAAGAAAAGAAAAAGGAAGAGGAAAGAAAAUUGGAAGAAGAAAAGAAAAAGAAGGAUGCGGAGGAUUUGAAGAAAAAUCAGGAAAAGGGUGCGCAUAUUCAAAUCGAAGAUGGUGCAUUUUUGGAAUUCAAGACAGCCGAAAAUGAGCAGAAAAAGAUUGCGGUGAAAAAUGUGCAUAAUAAAAAGAUUAUGUUCAAGGUUCGGUCAUCUAAUAAUACUGAUUAUAUGUGAGUUUAUUAACUGCUGUUAGUAUUUAUUCUGAAAAUAUUGCAGGGUGAAUCCAGUAUUUGGAACUAUCGAACCUGGUGCAACAUUCGUUUUUGCUGUCACUCACAAACAAUCUGCUGCUCCAAAAGAUGACAAACUCGUUUUCAUGAAUACAGUAUUCGGUGGCGAUGAAACUGAUUUGGAGAAAACUUUCAAAGCUUCAAAAAUGACUGGAGACGCGGUUACUGUCAAAAUGUCGGCUAAAUAA